UCAUCUUUUUAUAUCCUCUGCAAGUUUAUUUCAAGUCAACUUUUAACAUUAUAAAUGAUAUAUCUGAAGAGAGACAAAGAAAUGAGUUCAAACGAUAAAUCUGAACGGAAACAGUUGAACUGUUAUUCAGUCGAAAGUUGUAACCAAAAAAACAUGUGUUUAUGAGCCACUCAAUGGAUUAAAAACAAGUGACAUUUGCAGUGAAUUGAUUCUGUGACCGAAGUGAAUAAAAAAAAUAUGGUUAACUGGAUCAAAGUUCAAAGGAAAGUCUCUCCAGUCAAUUUGUUUUGUGACCAGAGGAACCAUCGACAUCACCAUUGUUAAUAUUCAACUUGAACCAUCAAAAUUCACAAAGUGAAAUUCAGAAACGUUGAGAAACGAAAUACGCAAAAAAGGAUAAAAAUUGCGACGAACAUCAGAAAUCUUACAAUGUUAAUAGUCCAGUUUAAGUUGAUCUUGGUGUUAAUGUUUCCCUUUUUUGUCUCAUUUUACUGAAGCUUUACAUCUUUUUCUGGCUCAUGUUGUUCAUGAUGCUGUUUACAUCGAUAUAAAUAGAUUUUGAAAAAAGUUGGUUAAACUUUUUUCUUCUCUUCUCUUCAUUGGCAUCAACAUCAGUAACAUUGAAUUACUUGAGAAGGAAAAGAGAAAGAAACAAAUAGAAAGAAAAGGAAGAUAAAUUUUCAUCAAGAAUGAAGUUUACAUCGAACCUUGUUAAUCAUUUCAUCAUUUUCAUUGUCCUGAUAAGUUGGAAUCCAUCGCAACUGUUUCAAGAGCAAACCAACCUUGAUCAAGACCUAAUCCGUCGUUGGGCCAACGAUUUAAGUCAACAUCUAAAUCAAUUUGUGAAUCAAGAACUUUGCUAUGAACAAAUUAAUCAGAACUUUGCUGCAAGUGGAGCCAUUCCAAUCAAACAGGACACUGAAAGUCUUAUUAGUGAGAUUAAAAGUAAAUUCGAGGCAAUGUUCAAGAGGAAAAAGAUGCUUACUGUGAACAUUGCCCGUCGUGCUGAGGAAUUGGCAGAGAAACACAUUUAUGAUUCCAAUUUGAAGUUUGAUUUUCCCGAAGUGAAGCGCCUUUAUGAACCUGAUCUUGUCCUAACAAACCUUUCAGUGCCACCAAUAAAACUGCCAAUGGAAACACCUAAAGAAGAAGAAGAAUGGAGGAAACUAUGGGAAGAUCCAAGAUUUUUCCCUGUCCAUGUUGAGCCCGAUGAGCACUUCAAAGGAGUUGCAGUAAACACUAAAAUGUCUGCCGUUCACCUUCCAGUCAACGUAUAUUACGGGCGCAAUGAGACUAAAAAUAGUAUUAAAUGGUCAACUGGACUGGAUAAAGUGUUCACUUCGAAUCACGAAUAUGAUCCCGAUUCAUAUUGGCAGUUUUACUGUUCCAUCGACGGUUUCCUACGAAUAUACCCUCUUCAUCAUUGGCGUUAUCCUGAGUUCUUCGUGAAACAAGCACCAACUCCACCACCCAAUCAGCCUCAAUACAUUAAGCCACUCGAUUUAUACGAUUGUCGGGUAACACAAUGGUUCAUCAGAGCAGCUGCUUCACCCAAAGACAUGGUAAUACUUAUUGAUACAAGUGGAUCAAUGAAAGGUCAAAGACAAGCAAUUGCCAAAGAAGUGGUAGUCAAUAUACUGGACACUUUGACUGAGAAUGAUUUUAUUGGAGUAUUUAACUAUUCCUCUCGAAUUGAUUCAAUAGUCGACUGUUUCAAGGAUUCCCUUGUUCCAGCCUCUAAACAAAAUGUUCAAAUGUUUCGUGAAGCAGUUCAAACUCUUAAAGUCAACAAUCAAUCAGAACUAAUGUUAGCCUUAACCAAAGCCUACAACAUACUUGGUUCAUCCCGUCGAUCAGGUUCAGGAGCCCAAUGCAACCAAUUGAUAAUGCUAGUGACUGAUGGAGUAGCCGAAGACUUACAAAAAGAGUUGACCAAAAUAGACGCCGAACAUCGGGUUCGAAUCUUUACUUACCUUGUAGGCAAAGAGAUAACUGAAAUCAUGCCAACUCGCAACUUGGCAUGCAACAAUCGAGGUCGCUUCUCUCACAUUAAAGACUUUUCCGAUAUAAGGGAACACGUUCAACAAUAUGUGGCCACUCUAAGUCGUCCAAUAGUCUUGCUCCAAGGAAACAAAUCAAUCGAAGAGCGAACAGCCAUUUUCACCUCAGUCUACGCAGAUCACACGGAAAUUGAUUUAGCUCCAUGGAUCUGGGAUGCUUUGGAACGAACCAACAUUCGAGAAGCUUAUCAACGUCGAUUGAACCGAUUACAGGAAGCUCGAGGUGAGGAUGGAAACAACGUUUAUCCCAUUGAUUCACCGGAAGAGAAAGACUAUGAAGAUGAUUUGGAGAAGAAGAUAGCAACUGAAUAUGAUACUGUGCCUUUGAGGCAAACCCGUGAGACUGAAAAAGGUGAUGAGCCGAGUAAUGGGAACAAGGAUGAAACAAAAACAGGUGAAACUGGAUCAACUCGAAUGGAGGGUUCGACUGAAUCUGGUACAAAUAAUGGGCCAUCUUAUAGUGAGGAAGGUUCAGGGAAGAAAGAAAAAUUCAAGCCUCGGCCUCCUUUUGAUCUCAUGACAACAAUUGCAAUUCCAGUCUUGAAUCGCAGAAACUCAACGCUUUUAGGUGUUGCUGGAGUUGAUAUACCAAUAACUGAAAUGAUAAAACUGAUUCCAAGUUAUAAGAUUGGUGUCAAUGGAUAUUCAUUUAGCAUCAACAAUAAUGGCUUUGUACUUUAUCAUCCAGACCUUCGAACUCUGUUUCAAAAUCUUCUCAAACCAUAUUACAGUUCAGUUGAUAUUCUGGAGAUUGAACUUGGUGAUAAUAAAAAGGAAGCUCGGCAAUUCAGUCCUGAUUUGGUUGAGAUGCGUAAAAGCAUGAUUUACCGUAAAAAUGAUUGUCGCACAGUUAAAACUAAACUGCACAUCGAUUCAAUGAAUCGAGGUUUGACAAGAUUAAACAAAUAUUGUUGGACUGCUAUUGAUGAUACACCAUUUAUUAUGGCCAUUGCACUUCCUGAAACUUAUGGUUUAAGUACAAUCAAGGGUCAAAUCGACGCCACAAGUUCCCCUGAUUUUAACCAAUAUUUCGCAGCAAAUGAUUGGUAUGUUCACCCAGACUGGGUAUAUUGCUAUGUAAAUCCUCGAAAUCGUGGUGAUCCGGCAAAUAAAUCAAUCAAUCCUGCAUCUAUGAUAAAAAUGUUUCUCAAUCGGUGGAGAGAUGAAGGUGAAAAAGCAAUUGAUUGGAUUGGGUCGCUGGAAACAAAUGCGGGUGGAAUCGCUUCAACUAAGCCAUUUUUCUGUGAUCGUGAGCUAAUUGAAAGACUGAUCUACGAUGCUAAAUUCACGAAAAUCAACUUUGAUCAAUGUAAAUCGAAUAUUACAAGAAAACCUGAUCUCAAAUUCAUCAUGAAACUUUUGUCGACUCGCUCUGGUCUAACUCGAGUUAAAUUGUACCCAAAUGAUGACCCCUUGUCUUUAUCAAACUUACCAGAUAAUUUUAUUCCAGAUCGUUCAAUUGAUGAGCAAUUUUACCAGAGAUCAGUUGAAUUUGCAACUCGGUACAAGGAAUCUUCAUUAUUAUUUUCAGUUCCCUUCGACCUUGUUUCAACCGGUAAACAUAUUAAAGAUGUUUAUAUUUCCGUCUCAAAAGCAAUUUUCUUGGCCUCUAAGAAUUCAAAAGUUACUGAUGUUCCGGUUGGUUCAAUAUUGGGUCGAAUACCUUAUAAACCUUUUGCUGAAGCCUUCCUACGAUCCUCUUCAAUUUGUACCGGAGACAACUGUCUUAUUAAUUGUGAUUCCAGUGAAAUUGAUUGCCUUCUAUUGGAUAACAAUGGAUAUAUUAUCACCUCUGAUCGAGAUUGGCAAGAUCCCGAUGGCCUUGUUCACUAUACAGGACUUUUUUAUGGACAAUUAGACAAUGAUUUGUUUACCGAUUUAAUCGACAUUGGUCUAUACACUAAAAUACGCAUUUAUGAUUAUCAAGCCAUUUGUAUUUCUGAAGGCGAACGUCGAAGUGCAGCUUCAUCAAUAUGGUCUACCUUAGAUCGGAUCAAGCAACUUAUCACCUGGAUAAUUGGCCAGUUUGUAUUUAGCAUGAUUAAACUGUUUAUAACGAUUGAUUGGACAAACCAUUAUUCACACGUUUUUGCUGAUUACUUUUUAUCCUCUGAUUAUGAUACAAGUUACCUGCAGAGGCAAGCACGUCUCGAUUACUUCAACAAUUCCGCUGGUAAUUUGAUUGCUCCUGCAAGAACAACAUUUUAUCCGUGUGAUAAGUUUUAUUAUCUUUAUGAAGCUCAAAAUUUGAAGAAAUUUUCAGAUCCAACUUCCCGUACUUAUACAUUAGAGGAUGGAUGUGAACAAAAUUAUGUCGUCCAAUGGAUUCCACAGACAAAUUUGAUUCUCCUCGUUUCUCACAAUCAGUGUCCAUCAUCGCCUAAAAGACAAUCAAUUAUCCGUAAAGAGGUUAAUUAUGAAUCCAAAAAUCCAUGUGAAAAAUUUAACAAUCGACGCAAAUUUGAACGAAAACGCCCUGAAUCUUGUUUUGACUUCCACAAAAAGGAAUUCAACAUUUCUAAACAUGACUGUGGUCGAGGAAGCCACCUUGGAUCUUUAGGAAUAAUUGCCUUAAUUUCUUGGUGCAUUUUAGUCAAUAAUCUCAUCACUUUGUUAACAAAUAGCUAAUAAAUAAAUUUCAUUAAUUUUUUUUAAUUUAAAGCCAAAGCAAUAAAAUAAACGUAAAGUGAUCAAGAUUCAAAGUUUAA